UGUCAACCCGCGGGUCGACCCACUUUGACACUAGCAUGGUGAGAAAAACGAGCUGCACGCACCCGUCGGGUCGAUUACUACAAGGUCCCGGGUUGGAGGUCAAAUUGUGUGUCUUUUUUUUUUGUUUGCGAAAUGUGCUUAUUUUUCGAUUUUUCUUUUCGCCUAACUCAACCUUUGGAAUCCUAAGUUGAACAUUUGAAUAUUGAUGUCAUAUAAGUGUGUGUGAAUUUUCACUAUAUGUUGGAUCUAAGUACGAUAUGUUAUUUUGGUGGAAUAUUAUAUGUUAUAACUCAUAUGUUAGAUGAAAUUUUAUAUAAUUUAUCAGGAUAAGUACAAUAUAAUGACUCUUUCCAUAUUUUCGGGCUAAACCAAGCUAAAACGGGUGACCCAAUAACCUUUGACCCACUAGCUCUGCCGGAUCUGGGUCAAUCCGCGGGUUGACAACAUUGAUAACAUACAACACACUACUUUCGUAGUAUUGAAAAAAAAAACUUUAGGAAACAACAAAAUGUCAUUUUCUUUUGAUCAAUGAAAACAGAAUGUCGUUUUCUAAAAUGGUGUUUUGGAAUUGGGAAAAACCUUUUCUUUGUGUUGGGACUCAUACGAUACAAAAGGCAUCCCAUCAGAGCAACCGUUCUGCGACUGCCACAGCCUGCCACGUGCAGAGCUGAAAGGCAUUCUACCGGCCUUGGGGGCGUAAAUACCCAAAUACCCCUCUCCUCCUCCCCCUAAUCCCUAAUUCCAAAUUCAUCUUCAUUCUUCAUCCCCUGAAUUCCAAUCGCUUUCUAUCCAUCUCCAUUACACGCUAAUUGAAUCCGCCCAAUUUCGCUCCACCUUUCCAUCCGCCGCCGCAGCAGCAGCUCAAAAGCAAUCCGAUUCCUGAAUUCCCCCAUCCGGUGAUCAUAUCUUUCCUCCCUGAUUCAAACAGCUCGAUCCCCUCCUCUUCCCCCCCCCCCCCCCCCCCCCCCCCCCCCCCCCCCCCCCCCCCUUUCGCCUCGCGAGGAAUCGACUCACACAAUGGCGACGCUGCAGAAAUUCAAGCAUUUCGCCGCGCAGUGUGGAGCGGCGUCGACGGGGAACCCGACGCAGAGUCCAACCACCAGCCCGGUCGUCCACCUCCGCCGCCGCAGGACCCUCCGCAUGCUCCUCUCUCGCGGCUCCCCCGCCGUCGACCACCACCGUCGAGCUACGGCGAUGUUCGACGAGGGCCAGAAGCAGCGGCGGGAUCUGCCGUCCGAUUGUGAGAGGGCCAGAAGGAGAUUGAAGGAUCUGUUCGUCUCUUCUUCACCUCCGUUCGAUGAUGAUAGGACCAAGAAUCGGGGUCGCGACGGCGUCCGGAUGCUGACUGCCGGCCCCGGUGAAAGUGACGACGGCGCUAGCGAUCGCGGUGUUGGGAGCAAUGGUAAUUAUACUAGUAGUGGCUUUGGUCGCGGUUUCUCCGGUCGUCGGAGAGGGCUCAGACAGGGUGCGGCGUCGUUUCGGUGUAGGUUACUGAGGAGAGCUUGGCGGCCUGUACUGGUCACUAUUCCAGAAUAGUCAGCCAGCCAGCCACUAGAUUAGUAAUUUUUUUUUUCCGUCGUUGAAAACUUGAAAUCUGUACGUAUAAUGAAAUGGAACGUAUUUCAUUUUCUGAAAUUUUUGUCUCCCCAAUUUUCGUAGGCUGAGAUAAUUAGAUUUUGUUAACCCCUAAUUUUGGAUAGAGAAAGAGAUUGGAUACAUGGUUGGAACCAAACCGGAGCUUAUUUUGAUUCGUCCCGCCCAAUGGUUUGGUUUCUUGUUUAAUCGAAUUUGGUUGAGCCGUCGAGUCGGGCUAAAAGUGUGUUUAGUUUGAUAUAGUUCGACCUUGAUGAAGAUUUCAAAUUUGAAUUCACUAGUUUUCCUCAAGGAAACUAGUCACGUACACGGAUUUGGAGGAUUUGACUCUUUAAAAAUUAUGGGAAUUUGAAUCGGUUUUGAUGGAAGCAAAAGGUUUGACUUUUGUUCAUUGUAAUUGGAAAUACGAGUAGAUUGUUGAACUACUGGUAAGUGGGUGAAUUUGGGUUGAUUCGAUAUUUUUUUGGGUGGAGAGUCAUGCCGACGUUAGUGUGCGUAACUAUCCCCAUAACGGCCAAUUACUUCCGUCGGCUCGCUCAACUCAACAAUGAGCCGUAAAAUUCGGUGAUGCGCCAAGGAGUAAUAUAUUAUUGGUUUGAACAACGCUAGUGUACCGUUUCUUUAAUGAUUACAGGGCCUUGGAAGAAUGGCGAUCUUGUACUUGUAUGGAUGUUGUGAAACCGGUUUAUACUUUUAGGAUGGUUUGACAAUUGGGAUUGUUCGAUUAGUGGUAUGACAAGUUUACGUUGAUUUUAGCAAAAUAACUAGACAAGUAAGAAAUUAUUAAUACUAACAGAAAUUAGACAAUUUUUAUAAAAUCAACAUCCAUACAUGAAAAAAAUACUUAUAUUUCAAACAAAAUGAAAAUCAUCAAAACCUUGAAUCCCAAUAUCCAAAUAUCCAGACCUUUAUAGUUUAUACUUGAGUCCAAUUGAACCCAAUUGCAGACAUGACAACCAUGAGCCAGUUUCGUGUCAUUUUGCUCUUUGGAGCUUUCUUAGAGCUGCUCAUCUCGUGGCAUAACAGGCUCUUUUAUCGGGAGUCCGGUUGCAUACGGACUACCGUUCUUUAUUAUUAUCUGUCUUAUAUGUUUGUUGUCCGGCCAUGCCCUGGGGCUUAUCUUGGAUAAAAAAAAAAACAUGAGUUGUACGAUUGAGAUCAUUGGUGAAUCCCCAUUAAUAUAUGGUAGAGUUUUGUGUAAUUUUCUCUAUUUCAAAUUUUCUGUAACGAGAGUGAAAGUAGGAAGGACAUUUUUGUCUUUACAAUUAUUUAUUUAUUUCAAAUAAAAAAUAUCAAUAUCAAGAUUUGAACCCAAGUCUCUUGAAACACGGACAACAAUCUAACCAACUACACUAAAUGAAUUUGUUGUUUCUAUUUGAUAUAAAACAUACACUAAACUCUCGAAAGUUAAUGACUUUUACAUCAUGAACAACAAGCCCACUAAGUCUAUCAUAUUUAUUUUUAUGGUGCUUAAUACUUCAAUUUCCAUAGUAGAGUUUCAUGUAAUUUUAUCCAUUUUAAAAUUCAUGCUGUUUAGAGCCUGGAAUAAAAUAUAUACAACAAAGACAUUCAAAUUCAUGUAUUAUGCCCCAUUAUAAACCACACCAGCCAUAGGUUUAAGACACCACAAUGAUUUUGCAAUGAUGUUUCAUAAUUUAAAAUACUACCGUUGAUUGAAAAUUUAAUAACUUAUAUAUAUUUAUGGCAAAGGCUAGCAUGCGUCUGACAUAUUAUUUAUUUAUUUCAAAUAAAAAAUAUCAAUAUAAAGAUUUGAACCCAUG